UGAACCACCUCGUAGUGCUUUACUUAAUACACUGUAUUCAAUACACAAACUGAUCUCAUAUUUGAUGGCAAACUAUUGGAAACAUUGUCUGUGAACUUAACAGAUAAUAAACAAACUAUUGAUUUGUUUGAAUUGUUGGUCAAAAAGUGUCCAAACAUUCAAACAGUUAUUAUAAAAGAUAUCUCAUAUUCUGUUAAUUAUUUUGAAUUAUUAAUGAAAUACUGUUCACAAUUGAAACACAUAUGUCUUAAGUAUAGUAAUCAAAUUGUUUGGGAAAGUUAUCGCAAAUCAUUUGAUUGUUUUUGUCUGCAAUUUGGCCAACAAUUGCAGACAUUCAAGAUUGACUUCAAACACAUCGAAAGCACUAAACAAUUGUUUUAUAAAUGUCUGAAAUGUUUGCCAAACUUGAAGACUAUUGAUAUUAAGACUAACGGGAAGACAAGUCUAGGAUUGGAUGUCAUAUUAGCCGGCUAUCAUUGAAUCUGUUGGAUGUAAUGCUCGAUAAACACAAAGAUCAGAACAAUUUGAAGAUAUUAUCUGCCGGUUUGUCACAAAUGCAACAAUUGAAACAACUGGCCAUCAGUUUGCCCAAUGAUUUUGACACCAAUCAGACCGUUGGACUGUUGGCAACAAUUGGCCGCCGGUGUCGACAACUGAAACAGUUUUACAUUUCAACAAACAUAUUAAUGGCUAAUACAGUUGACAUGUUUGCCGCAAUCAAUGAACAUAUGUCACCGCAAUUGAGACGAUUAUCAGUGAAUUGUUAUCCCAAUUACGAUAAAAAGUUAGUACUGACCAGCGGUUCGUUACAACGAUUGUACCGAUUGACUCAUUUGGCAUUUCGCGUACACAAAUGGCGUAUAAUCGGUGACCAGUUUUCCGUAACAUUCAUCUGAAUCUUCCGCGACUACAGUAUAUCAGAUGCGACAGAGUGUCCAUUACUGAGAAGUCGAUUCAAGCUAUGGGACAGUUGGCUCACCUCAUGGAUGUCGAUAUUAGAUGCGAGCAAAAGAAACUCAAGACAAGCAAAGCAUUUAUUUUACAGCAUUUACUAAUCGGUACUAAAGUUAAACACUUGUAUAUUAAGGAUUGGUCGGCAGAUAGUCGGCAAAAACCGUUUAUUUACGGGAAAUAUAUUAAUAAUAAUUUUAAUUACCCGAACCGUAUACACAAUGAUAAUGAUAGUGACAGUAGUGACAG